AUGGCAGAACAGGCGCUACUUUCCAAAUUGAACGCUCUCUCGCAGGAAGUGAUAUCUCCAGCUUCCCUAGGUCAGCCAACUAUUCUGACGGAGGAAGCGGUCCAGAACUGGCCUCAACGAUCAAGAACUCUUUGUUCUGAGUUUUUCGCACUGGAGUCAAACGAUGAAAAGGAAGAUUGGCUGAGGAUUGUGUUUAUCGAAUUGUUUGAGUUCAUAAAUAAAGGCGAGGAAAACUUUAUUCUAAAGCUCUCAGAUAUUGCGCUUUUUAUUGAGGAGUUGGUGAAUAAUGACAGACAAGCGCCUCAGGCUUCCCUAGUGGGCAAAAUGUUUAUUGCCGUUUCAAGCACUGUGCCAAACAUUGACGAUACGAACACCAUAUCAUUAUGUAGACUCAUACCGUCUUUGCAUGAGGAGCUGUUCAAGUUUAGUUGGGUGUCCUCUAAGCUACUGAAUAAGGAACAGACUACUCUAUUAAGGCAUUUGUUGAAGAAAUCAAAAUAUGAAUUAAAAAAAUAUAAUCUUUUGGCGGAAAAUUCUGUGGGUUAUGCUCAAUUGGUAACAUUAUUGAUAUUAGCAUAUCAUGAUCCUGAUAAUUCUUCCAAGGUUUCUGCAUAUUUGAAAGAAAUAUAUCAUAUUAUGGGAAAAUAUUCUCUGGAUUCGAUUCGUGCUUUGGACGUUAUUUUAGAUGUUUCCAGUCAGUUCAUCACUGAAGACUACCAAUUCCUUACAUCUUUUUUGCAGGAAUCAGAUUUUUGGCCCUCCAACCAUGUGGCCGAUAGUUCAGAAUAUUCAGCUCUAAAUGAAGGUGGUAGCAUGAUUGCGGCUAACAUUAUUUCGUUCAAUUUGUCUCAAUGCAAGGAACAGACUGAUAAGGAAAAUUAUAAGCGAUAUAUGGACAUGUGUUGUAUCCUGAUAAAAAUCGGGUUUAUCAAUUUCUAUUCUAUUUGGGAUAAUGUAAAACCCGAGAUGGAAUCUUUGCAAAAAUAUACCCAGGAUUUGGAAACCGAACUUGAGGCCGAAUCCACCAAAGGAAUAGAAAAUCCUUUGGCUAUGGCAGCUGCUUUAUCCGCCGAAAAUGAGAACGACGAAGACGCCGUUGUUGUGAAUGUUGAUGACAAUGACAAAGAUGUAAUCCCGGUGACAACAAAUGGUGAAGCAAACUUGAAGGACAAGCAGAAAAUUUUUCAAGAAGACACUUUAUCAUAUGGUAAAAUAAAACUAUUGGAACGUUUACUAGUCCAUGGUUGUGUCGUUCCUGUUAUGCACGUUCUAAAGGAAUAUCCGAAGUUACUCUAUGUUAGUCAAUCCAUCCCAAAAUAUUUUGGGAGAGUAUUUGAACACCUUCUGGAUCCAUUGUAUACAUCCAUGACAUCUUGUUGUGAGUCGAACGGUAUGACAUCUGCCUUGAUGAUAACUCGGAUAGACAAUGGAAUUCUGGCUCACAAGCCAAGAUUGAUCCAUCAAUAUAAAACGCAUGAUCCAUUUGAAUCACUAGAAUUGAAUACAAAAUAUUUUUUUUAUUACUCUGAAUGGGACUGUGCCUUUACUCCAUUUACAUCGGUUGAUGACCUAUUUGAAAACUCCCAUGCUUAUUUAUCUAUCAUUGGGCCAUAUCUAGCGAAGGUCCCCAUGCUAUUGAGUAAAAUUUCACGUAUUGGUGUGGCUGACAUUCAGAAGAAACAAAGCUCUGAGUCCCAGCAGGAUACAGUUGACAAAUGGAUAGAUUAUGUAAGAAAGUUCAUCUUCCCUGCCACCCCUCUAUUACAGAAUAACCCAAUCGCUACAUCAGAAGUUUAUGAAUUAAUGAAACUUUUCCCCUUUGAAAAAAGAUACUUUAUAUACAACGAAAUGAUGACAAAAUUAUCUCUUGAAAACUUGCCAAUUAAGGUGAGCUUCAAUAAAGCCGAAAGAGAAGCGAAGAGUAUCUUAAAGGCCUUGAGUAUAGAUACUAUAGCCAAAGAAUCUAGAAGGUUCGCCAAAUUGAUUUCUACAAAUCCCUUGGCUUCAUUGAUACCAGCCGUCAAACAGAUAGAAAAUUACGAUAAAGUUUCCGAGCUCGUUGUUUAUACCACGAAAUAUUUCAACGAUUUUGCGUAUGAUGUACUGCAGUUUGUGUUAUUACUGCGCUUAACUUAUAACAGACCUGCUGUUCAAUUUGACGGUGUCAACCAGGCUAUGUGGGUCCAGAGACUGUCAAUAUUUAUUGCUGGUUUGGCCAAAAAUUGUCCUGAUAUGGAUAUUUCAAAUAUUAUCACUUAUAUUUUAAAGACUUUGCAUAAUGGGAAUAUUAUAGCUGUUUCCAUCCUAAAAGAGUUGAUCACUACUGUUGGUGGCAUCAGGGAUUUAAAUGAAGUUAACAUGAAGCAAUUACUGAUGUUAAAUUCAGGAAAACCAUUGAAACAAUACGCAAGACAUUUAAUAUAUGACUUUAGAGAUGAUAACUCCGAUAUCGCAGCAAGAUUAACCUCCUUUUUCACCAACCAAAAUGCUAUUUCCGAAAUCAUUCUUUUGUUGUACGCCUUAAAUCUGAAGGCAAAUACGCAAGAUUCUCAUUAUAAAAUUUUAUCUACUAGGUGCGAUGAGAUGAAUACAUUAUUAUGGUCAUAUAUUGAAUUAAUCAAACACUGUUUAAAAACGAAAGCAUUUGAGGAAAACGUUCUUUCAUUUGUAGAAUUGACAAACAGGUUCCAUUUAUCGACACCAUGGGCGUUCCACAUAUGGAGAGAUUAUUUGGAUAAUCAAUUGAAUACGAAUGAAAAUAUUUCAAUCGAGCAACUGAUCGAAGGUGUAGAGUUUAACGACGUUGAUUUAACGAAGAUAUCAAAAGAUCUUUUCACCACGUUUUGGAGACUAUCGUUAUAUGAUAUUCAUUUUGAUAAAUCAUUAUAUGAUGAACGUAAGAAAACUCUGUCCGGAGAAAAUACGGAUCAGUUGUCGAACAGGAAAAAACAUUUAAUUCAGAAUCAGAUCAAAGACAUUUUGGUCACUGGAAUUUCUCAUCAAAGAGCAUUCAAGAAAACUGCAGAAUUUGUGUCCGAAAAAUCAACCAUAUGGGAUAAAGAUUGUGGGGAAAAUCAAAUUAAAAUUUUUUUGCAAAAUUGUGUUGUACCGAGAGUUUUAUUUUCUCCUUCUGAUGCUCUUUUCUCCUCAUAUUUUAUCUUUAUGGCUUUUAGUACGGAAAAUUUGAUGUCAAUACUGAAUACUUUCAUCACCUCAAACAUUCUAAAAACACUGCUGUUUUGUUGCACUAGUUCUGAAGCAGGUAAUUUAGGUCUUUUUUUCACCAAUGUUUUGAAAAGGCUGGAAGAAAUGAGGUUGAGCGGUGAGUUCAAUGACCAAGCUUCUAGGAAGUUAUAUGAAUGGCAUUUAGUUAUCACAGAACAAAUCAUUGAUCUUUUGUCCGAAAAAAACUACAUGUCAAUCAGAAAUGGUAUCGAAUUCAUGAAGCACGUUACAAGUGUUUUUCCGAUAGUGAAAACACAUAUCCAGUUGGUUUACACCACCUUGGAGGAAAACUUGGUGAAUGAAGAAAGAGAGGACAUCAAACUACCAAGCAGUGCGUUAAUAGGCCACUUGAAGGCGCGAUUAAAGAAUGCUUUAGAAUUGGAUGAAUUCUGUACUUUAACUGAGAAGGAAGCUGAACAAAAGAAGAUACUUGAAAUGGAGAUGGAAGAAAUUAAGAGUUAUGAAACAGCCUACCAAAAUGAACUCAAGCAAAUGGCUUUGAGAAAAAAGCUAGAACUCAACAAAUCGCAAAGACUUCAAAAUGAUUCAUCUAAAACCGCUACCAGCGAUACUACUGAACCACAUACUAAGGAAAAAUAUACCUAUUCACGCGAUGAACCUGUUAUUCCAAUUAAGCCUUCUAGCAGCCAAUGGUCCUAUUCUAAAGUUACCAGGCAUUUGGAUGAUAUUAACCACUAUUUGGCCAGUAAUCAUUUACAAAAAGCAAUUUCCUUGGUGGAAAAUGAAAGUGAAACUUGGAAUUUGAAAAACUUAUCAAAACAAAAUAUGCCAAUUUUCGAUUUUAGAAACUUGACUUUAGAAAUAUUUGAAAGAUAUUUCAGAUCAUUAAUCCAAAACCCUCAGAACCCAGAUUUCGCUGAAAAAAUUGAUGCGCUUAAGAGGCACAUUAAAAACCUAUCACGUGAGCCAUACGCUGGUACACUUAAUCCCCACUCUGAAUCUUCUGCCCCUGAAUAUACUAAGAGGUCAAGUAGGUAUGGAGGCGUAGAUGCAUAUGGUAGUUCCAACUAUAGAGCUUCAGGUAAUGAUCGUUCUGGACUGAAAAAUAGUAAGCCAAGCAACAGUUACCCUCACAAGAGGUCGGAACUGCCCGCCAGACCUAGUAAAGGCAAGGCAUAUAAUGAUAGAAGCAGGCCAGUUAGAUCAACCGGAGCUGACAGAGGUGACAACUUUGAACAGCAAAGGGAAAAUCGUUCACGAGAAGAUUAUAAGAAGACUAAUUCACAACGUUCACAGCUGCGGUUUCCGGAAAAGCCAUCUCAAGAAAUUAAAGGCAGUAAUAAGAACACUGCAUACCAACCUUCUUCCUACAAGCGCGAUUUGCCUUCAGAUAACGACGAAAAGCCAAAUAAAAGGUUCAAGAGGGAUGAUGAAAAUAGAAGCAAAUUCCAGGUACAAGACUACAGAAAUACACGAGACAGUGGUGCCAACCGUAGACCCAAUGAGAGUCAAAGAUAUAACACAAAUAGAAAGGGUAAUACCCAAGUGCUCCCACAGGGUCCUAAGGGAGGAAACCAUGUUAGCAGGUAUCAGAGGUAA